AUGCCUUCUAGAUACUUGCUUCCAUCACGCGCAAAGCAGGAUCCUAAGCUUGAAAUCAACAUUGAUGGGCAUUAUGAGUCCAAAAUCUAUACAUUCGGUUCCGCAAUCUCGGGCUUCGUCACAAUAACAGCCCAUAACCAACUCCCUUUCCAGUCCCUCCAGAUUGAUCUAAGAGGCAUCACUUCAACCUGUGGCCACGCAUUCCAGUAUGGCACACCUUUCAAGACUCAUACUUUUAUGCAGUUACAAAUGCCAAUAUCUGCAUCGGCUCUACCUAUCAGUCAGUCACUUGAACCUGGACAGUUGUACCACGUUCCUUUUCGCUUCGUGAUUCCCGAGCAACUCUCCACCACUGCGUGCAACCACCAGAAUACAGCAGUCAGGGAGCGACACUUACGCCCGCCACCAAGUAUGGGUGUUUGGGACCAUGAUGAUCUGGCAGGUGGCUCUGCACAUGUCGAUUAUGUGAUUAGAGGGCGUCUGCUGUUGAGCAAGAACAAACGAGGAGAAGAACAGUAUCUCGAUCGGAGUCGUUCCGUCAAGGUUAUUCCAGCCCUUCCUGAGCAACCUCCACUUCACGUCCGUCCUGAAAACUCAGAGUACUGCUUGUCGCAGACUAGGACCAUCAGAAAAGGUGUCAUAGGCACAAAGAUGGGGAUUGUACGGGCUUCGGCAACUCAGCCUCAGCCCAUCGUGCUCUGCUUAGAUGGACUUAACGCCACCGAGUCGCAAAUACCCAUCGAUCUGCAAUACAUUACGGCCUCGGCCAGUGCAAUGCCACCUGACAUACGCGUCAAAUCAGCCACCAUCGAAACAUUUACAAAUUUCUGGCUCGGUAUAGAUGGCUACCUACCUGACCAUCAUGAAAAACCGUCAAAUUCGGUUGCCCCAACAGCACCAUGGCUGACCUCACAUGCCCUCGUUCUCAAAGAUAGAGAAAUGGUAUACUGGAAGAAAGGUCAUCAACCCAUCUCCGAGAAAGGGGCAGAGAGGAGGUGCUCAGAGCCUGCGCAUAUUAUCCGAGACUGCGCAGAACCCCAGGUCAUACCACGUUCAGCUUCGUGUGCGUCCUAUUGCCUUGACUCGUCCAAAACUCCGGGAUACAAAGCUACAAUUCAACAAUCGUUCAAACUUCCCACUGAGAACUCACUAUUUCUUCCUACCUUUUACUCCUGUCUAAUCAGCCGAACCUACCGGAUUAAACUCACCCUAGCCAUAGGCACUUAUGGCACUACGAUCUCUCUUGUUGUACCACUUCAAAUAGCAGCGAAUGGACUUGAUGAUGCUCAAGACAAUAGCCAACUCCGUUACGCGGAAGACGUCCUUCCCCCAUAUAGUCGUUUCAGAUAA